CUUGCCCCCUGAUUUCUAAUCUCACCAGGCUCCGAACGGGCGCAGCGAGCUCAGCCGAAAAUCCGCCGUCUCAGUGACAUGGACACGACUCAUCCUUUUCACCUCUGAACAUGUUCCGCAUCCUCAUCCGCACUCCCGCCAGAUCAUUUGGGAUUCUAUACACCGAACCAACCUCGCGAUCCUUUUCAAUCAGCAGGGCAUCCCGAUUUAUUCCCAGUCACACAAUGGCCGACAGCGCGCAAUCAACACCCGUCGAGUCAUCGGCAUCGACACCGGCGCCCAAUGCCAAUGCGCCCGCCCAGCAAAAGCAGCAGCAGCAAAACAACAAGAAGCAAAACAGACCUCCCCAUCCUAAUGCCGCCAAUGCGAAACCGAAGCCGGUCAAGAGGGAGGUCAGGAUAUUGAUGCUUCAUGGCUACACCCAAUCAGGCCCUCUCUUCCGCGCCAAAACCCGCGCCCUAGAAAAACUCCUCAUCAAAGCCCUCGCCCCCCUCAACCUCGUGCCAACCCUCAUCUACCCCACCGCCCCCAACCGGCUUUCCGUCUCCGACAUCCCGGGCUACCAAGCCUCUUCGGACUCCGGCCCGGGGGAGGAAAAGGAAUUGACGGAUAGCUGGGCUUGGUUCAGGCGGGAGGAGGCAACCUGGAAUUAUAGGUUGAUUAACGAGGGGUUUGAGCGGUUGGCGGAGACGAUGGAGAAGGUUAAUCUUGAGGGAAAGCAAGUCGUGGACGGGAUGGUGGCUGAGGAAGGGGCUGAGGAACCGAAGGAAUUGAAGGGGGUGGUGAGGAGCGAGGUCAUUGAUGGUGUUAUUGGGUUUAGUCAGGGAGGAGCGAUGGCUGCUAUGUUGACUGCGGCUAUGGAGCAUCUUGAACCAGGCCAGCCGCGUCCUGUCCUCACGCCCGAGCACGAGGCCUGGGCGAAGCAGAUCAGGGAGGCGAAUAAGGGGCAGCCGCUCAAGUUCUGUGUGAGCUACAGUGGGUUCUUCGCGCUGCCGCCCGAGUUGGGGUGGUUGUGGGAGCCCAAGGUGAAGACGCCUACGAUGCAUGUCUUGGGGAGUUUGGAUACGGUGGUGGAGGAGUCUAGGAGCAGGAGGCUGAUUGAGGCUUGUGAGGAGCCGGUUGUCGUGGUUCAUCCGGGAGGACAUUAUGUCCCCGUCAACAAGGAGUGGGUGGCGCCGUUGGUGGGGUUUAUUAGGGCGUGUUUGGAGAAGCAUCAGAAGACGGUGGCGGCGGCGGAGGGUGAGAAGAAGGUUGAAGAAAGCCAUUGAGGUGGAACAGGAGGGGAUGGACGAAGGACGACGGGCCGGGAAGUGUUGCCCCGAUGUCUGAAAGAUUACAAUCGAAUGGGUAGGUAGAGAUGUUGAGCUUACAAACGAGGCAUAGACGGAUAGACACAAGAGACCGGAAAGAUAGGUAGA